AUGGAUAGGGAUAAUGGGUUACACUAGUAGACAUUUCCACAACCAUAUUCUUCUCAUCUUUCUUUCUCAGAUUCUCUCUUUGUUAGUGUCUCCAUGAAUUCUACUUCUUCUUCAAGAAUUUAAUUGAGUUUUAAAUUACUAAAAAACACCUUAAAAUAAUAUUUUAAAGACUUCCCACAUGUGUUUCUUGGUUAAUUAACAAGAAUUUAAGUUGUAGUAACUGAUUAAAGACUUAGAUUUUCUUGUCAGAUUCUUUGUUAAGGGUUGUUGAUUUAGUAACUGAAUUUCAAAUCUUGGUUGGUUUCAAAUCUUUAAAUUUUUUAAAUUUUUGUUGCUGGAUAAGAUAGCAUCUUUUUUUCUUUGAUUCCACUUCUGUUCUUCUUCAUCAAAGUUUGAGUUUUUAUUUUUGACCCUGAAUUUAGUAUUAUUUAGUAAAGUACCCAUCUUUGGUUAAAUUCUUGGAUGAAUUUGCUCCAUGUAUUUGGAUUUGGUUUAAAGGUGGGGCAUUUAAUUUGGCUGCUAUGUUGCUGGAUUGUGUCAGUAAUUUCAAUGAACUGGUUCAUUAAUGGUGAAAUUGUGGAGACCAAGUCUGGUUUCCUUGGCGAUGGUGGCUGUUGUAGCAGCAAAAUAUGGGUUAAAUUAUGGGAGAAGAUCACAGGAAAUAGUUGCAAGAUGCAGCAUCCGUACUACUUGUAUCUUGGUUCUAAGAGAGUUAGAAAAACAUGGUGGAGGAAGAUUUUAUGGGCAUGGAUUAUUGGCUGGACUUUGUUCUCUGUAUGGCUCUUUUGGUAUAUGAGUUCACAAGCUACUGAGAAAAGAAGAGAAAAUCUUGCUAGUAUGUGUGAUGAGAGGGCUAGGAUGUUGCAGGAUCAGUUUAAUGUUAGUAUGAACCAUGUUCAAGCUAUGGCCAUUUUGAUCUCGACUUUUCACCAUGGCAAAAACCCUUCUGCUAUUGAUCAGUGGACUUUUGCGAGGUACACGGAAAGAACUGCUUUCGAGAGGCCUCUCACAAGUGGCGUGGCGUAUGCUGUAAGGGUGCUUCAUUCUGAAAGGGAGGAAUUUGAGAGACAACAAGGCUGGACUAUUAAGAAGAUGGAUACACUUGAAAAAAAUCCAGUUCAGAAGGAUGACUAUAUUCCGGAAUUGUUGGAGCCAUCCCCGAUUCAAGAAGAAUAUGCCCCUGUGAUCUUUGCGCAAGAUACCGUUUCGCACGUGGUUUCUAUUGAUAUGCUGUCUGGAAAAGAAGACUCUGAAAAUGUCUUGCGUGCUAGGGAAACAGGAACAGGAGUUUUGACUGCUCCAUUUAGACUGCUCAAAUCUAGUCGCCUUGGUGUUAUUUUGACAUUUGCUGUCUACAAGAGAGAUCUUCCUUCAAAUGCGACACCAAAUGAGAGGAUCCAAGCAACUGAUGGGUAUUUAGGAGGAAUCUUUGAUAUUGAAUCACUUGUGGAAAAGCUACUUCAUCAGCUUGCAAGCAAACAAACAAUCCUAGUGGAUGUUUAUGAUACUACUAAUGAGUCUCAUCCAAUCAGCAUGUAUGGUUCAAAUGUCACCGAUGAUGCGUUGCGACAUGUUAGCUCCCUUAGUUUUGGCGAUCCUCAUAGAAAGCAUGAGAUGCAUUGUAGGUUCAAACAAAAAGCCCCAUGGCCAUUGUUAGCAACAGGAAUAUCAUUUGGCGUCUUUGUGAUUGCUUGUCUUGUGGGACAUAUAUUUCAUGCAACUGUAAAUAGGAUUGCCAAAGUUGAAGAUGAUUAUGAUGAGAUGACGGUGCUUAAAAAACGAGCUGAGGCUGCUGAUAUUGCAAAAUCCCAGUUUCUUGCUACGGUUUCGCACGAGAUAAGAACCCCAAUGAAUGGUGUUCUAGGAAUGUUACAUAUGCUUAUGGACACUGAUUUAGAUGUAACACAACAAGAUUAUGUCAGAACUGCACAAGCCAGUGGAAAGGCUUUGGUCUCACUAAUCAACGAGGUGUUAGAUCAAGCAAAAAUUGAAUCUGGUAAACUUGAGCUUGAUGAUGUACAAUUUAAUCUGCGGGCAAUUUUGGAUGAUGUAAUCUCACUUUUUUCUGACAAGUCUCGAGAUAAAGGUGUAGAGUCAGCAGUUUACAUAUCCGAUAGUGUUCCUGAGUUCCUCAUUGGUGAUCCUGGAAGAUUUCGUCAAAUCAUAAUUAAUCUCAUGGGGAAUUCCAUAAAAUUUACUCAUCAGGGACAUGUCUUUGUCACUGUCCAUCUUGUGGAGGAGGUGAUCGACUCCAUAGAUGUAGAGACAGGACCAUCAGCAAGGAACACUCUGAGUGGUUUCCCCGUAGCAGAUCGGCGCUGCAGCUGGGCAGGAUUUAGGACAUUCAACCAAGAAGGUUCUAAUCGUGCUCUCGUGCCAUUCUCCUCUGAACAUAUCAAUCUAAUCGUGUCAGUCGAGGAUACAGGAGAAGGGAUCCCUCUCGAAGCUCAACCUCGCAUUUUCACUCCAUUUAUGCAGGUUGGUCCGUCAACAUCCAGAAAAUAUGGAGGCACGGGUAUUGGCCUGAGUAUAAGCAAGUGUUUAGUUGGCCUCAUGAAUGGAGAAAUCGGGUUUGUAAGCAUACCCAAGACUGGGACCACCUUUACAUUCACUGCUGUUUUUGCCAGUGGCUGCUCCAAUGCAAUCGAGCACAAAGGCCCAAAAAUCAGCACUCAGUCUAACACUGUCUUCUCAGAAUUUCGAGGCAUGACAGCAUUGAUUGUGGAUCGCAGGCCUGUCAGGGCGACUGUUUCACGAUAUCAUGUUCAGCGGCUUGGAAUCCACGUUGAAGUGGCUUCUGACUUGCACCAAGCUUUAUCUAGCAUAAACAGUGGGAACGUGGUAAUCAACCUGGUUCUUAUUGAACAGGAAGUUUGGGAUACAGAUUCUAGCGUUUCUUCUCUCUUUAUGAAUGAUAUAAGAAAAAUUGAUCGCGGCGUUUCUCCAAAAUUGUUCCUUCUAACUAAUUCAACCAACUCGCCGAGCAACAACACCGCAACUUGUGCUGUUUAUACCCCGAGUGUCAUCAUGAAGCCCCUGAGGGCAAGCAUGCUGGCUGCAUCAUUGCAGCGAGCAAUGGGUGUUGGGAACAAGGGGAAUCCGCGGAAUGGGGAAGAACUCAGCAACCUUCUUCUCGGAAGAAAGAUUCUCAUUAUAGACGACAACUACGUCAACCUUAAAGUAGCUGCUGGUGCUUUGAAAAAAUAUGGAGCUGAUGUGGUUUGUGCAGAUAGUGGAGAAAAGGCAAUCCAGUUGCUUACUCCACCACACCAGUUCGAUGCAUGUUUCAUGGACAUUCAGAUGCCGGAAAUGGACGGGUUUGAAGCUACAAGGAGAAUUCGUGAUAAAGAAAGCAAGUUGAAGAACUGUCCUAACAGCGGAGAAAAGCCAGGUGGAGCCUCGGAAAUUUCUCAAAAUUGGCAUGUACCCAUUUUAGCAAUGACAGCAGAUGUGAUCCAAGCUACACACGAAGAAUGUGCAAAAUACGGAAUGGAUGGAUAUGUUUCAAAACCAUUUGAAGCUGAGCAGUUGUAUAGAGAAGUCUCACGUUUCUUCCAAUCCGCUUCCGAUGUCAUUUUAUAGAUUCAACGCAUACUCUUAACCUCAGCACACGAGCAGCUAUUCUCGGGGACGCUCUGGGGUAUGCGUGAAUAUGUCAGUAGAGUUUCUCCCAAGUGAAAACAUUUGUUGCAGAGAGUGUAUAUAUAGAAGCCAUGAUUGAGUGCACAGUGAAGAUGAAGCCGGUUCCGAUUUUCGAUUGUAAAGUUGGUAUCAUUAGCUAGCAGCUCGUUAGGGACAAAUAUGUAGGAUUUAGGACUCGAAUCGAUUCGAAUUGGAUAGAUUGAUAUACCACUUUCAGAAAAAAGAUGAGAAAUGUGUCUCUUCUUUUUCUUCUUGUAGAAUAAUAAAAAUUGAUGAUGAUCCAUGAAAGAUGUCUGUUUUCUUUCAAAGGAUCAGUUUGUAUGAUAAAUUAGAUAGAGGCUCAGUUUGUAUGAUAAAUUAGAUAGAGGCUCAGUUUGUAAGUAAGUAAGAACGAAAGGAAGCGUUUCAAUCCAUCAAUGUAUAAUGUCUCUAGUUCUGUACUGUAA